UGUCACUCUGUGUCUCUGCGACUGUGACUCCCUCUCAGUCACUGCCACUCUCUCUCUCUCUCUCUCUCUCUCUCUGUCACUGCCACUCUCUGUGUGACUCUGUCACACUCUCUCUGCCACUGCGACUGUGCAUGGAAACGCUCACACCCGGGGUUAGCCCAGCGCUGGAGUCGGGAGUUUGCUGCCUGGGGUUUCUCCCCCUGAGCUCGGGAUACAGAGGGUGGCAGCCAGAGUAGUUGAUGAACACUCCAGUCCCGGCCCAGUUAUGAAACAUGAGAUGACUAAUAUGUCUCUGGGAUGGGUUACAUCAGCUGGGAACCAUGUGCCAAGUCACAGCGUAAAGCGGCAGUGGCCAGUCGCAGGCUCUGUACACGUAAACCUUGCUUCACUGGCUCCGGGCUGUCACUGGUUCCCCUCACUACACGCGGGGCUGGGCGCCCUCAGGCUAUCGAGCAAGAAUGCGUGUCGGUUCAGCCGCACAGGAUCGGCGAUGCGCAGGGAUUAACGUCGGCGUUCCGGGCCGGUGCUGAGCGGUGGUGACGUAACCUGACCUGACCUGACCCGACCCGCCACCACCCGCGAGCCAUGGGUGACAACAAUGGCGACAAAGGCAGCCAGGCCGGGCAGCUCUAUGAGAACUUUGUGCAGGCUCUGACGUUCCGGGGAACGCUGCAGGCUUUCCACAUCCUGUGCCGCCAGCUAGACCUCGACCCCCUGGACCAUCGCAUGUUCUACUCUACGCUGAAAUCCAAGCUCAACACCUGGAGGGCCAAAGCCCUCUGGAGCAAACUAGACAAACGGAGCAGUCACAAGGAGUACAAGAAAGGCGAGGCGUGUCCGAACACACAGUGCCUGAUCAUCGGCGCGGGCCCCUGUGGAUUACGUACGGCCAUUGAGCUGGCGUUGCUGGGCUGUAAGGUGGUGGUGCUGGAGAAGAGGGAGACCUUCGCCAGGAACAACGUGCUGCACCUCUGGCCGUCUACCAUCCACGACCUCCGCGCCCUGGGCGCCAAGAAAUUCCAUGGCAAGUUCUGUGCCGGGGCCAUCGAUCACAUCAGUAUUCGGCAGCUGCAGCUGAUCCUGGUCAAGGUGGCCCUUCUACUGGGGGUGGAGGUCCAUGCCAACCUGGGCUUCGUGCAGUUACUGGAGCCUCCCGAAGACCAGGAGACGCAAGGCAUUGGCUGGAGAGCUGAGCUUCACCCCAAAGAUCACCCCAUCUCCCAGUUUACCUUCGACAUCAUUAUCGGGGCUGAUGGGCGGAAGAAGACUUUGCAAGGGUUCAGGAGGAAAGAGUUCCGAGGCAAGUUGGCCAUCGCCAUCACGGCCAACUUCAUCAACCGCAACACCACGGCGGAGGCCAAGGUGGAGGAGAUCAGCGGGGUUGCCUUCAUCUUCAACCAGAAGUUCUUCCAGGACCUCAAGGAGGACACAGGGAUCGAUCUGGAGAACAUCGUUUAUUACAAAGACAACACCCAUUACUUUGUGAUGACCGCAAAGAAGCAGAGCCUCCUGGACAAAGGGGUGAUUGUCAAUGACUACGUGGACACGGAGAUGCUCCUGAGCGGUGAGAACGUGAACCAAGAGGCCCUGCUGUCCUACGCCCGCGAGGCGGCCGACUUUGCCACCAACUACCAGCUGCCGGCGCUGGACUUUGCGGUGAACCACAACGACCAGCCGGACGUGGCCAUGUUCGACUUCACCUGCAUGUACGCCUCGGAGAAUGCCUCGCUGGUGCGGGAACGCUGGGGGCACCGGCUGCUGGUGGCUCUCGUCGGCGACAGUCUGUUGGAGCCCUUUUGGCCGAUGGGGACUGGGUGUGCCCGAGGGUUCCUGGCUGCCAUGGACACGGCCUGGAUGGUCAAGAGGUGGGCGGAGAAGGUCUCGACGCUGGAGAUUUUGGCCGAGAGGGAGAGCAUUUACCGACUGUUGCCUCAAACCACGACUGAGAACAUCAGCAAGAACUUUGAACAGUACACGAUAGAUCCCGCCUCACGCUAUCCCAACCUCAACUCCAACUGUGUUGCGUCCCACCAGGUGCGCCAACUCUACAUCACCACUGAUCUGAAGAGCUGUCCUCUGGAGAGAGUCAACUCCAUUCGAAAGUCUAUUAAAGUGUCUCGCCGUGAUUCGGAGAUACGUCCCAACCGCUUGCUGACCUGGUGUCAGAAACAGACGGAGAGCUACCAGAACGUGACCAUCAGCGACCUGACCAGCUCCUGGCACAGCGGCCUGGCACUGUGUGCCAUCAUUCACCACUUUUGCCCACAACUCAUUGACUUUGACUUGCUGAAUGAAGAGGAUGCAGCCAAGAACAACCAGCUGGCCUUCGACAUUGCGGAGCAGGAGUUUGGAAUCUCUCCGGUCACCACGGGCAAGGAGAUGGCCUCUGCUGGGGGGCCGGACAAGCUCAGCAUGGUCAUGUACCUCUCCAAGUUCUACGAGCACUUCCGAGGGAACGCCUCAUCUGCUGUCUCUGUCUUCAAGCUCAGGAAGGAAGGAAGCAACGACGUGAGUGCGCUCCAACCCAGGCAAUCCAACUCCCUGUGCAACGUCAUCAACCUGCUGCCCAGGAAGCGGACACCCAAGGAAAAGAAAAGUGAAGAAAAGGACGCGGCAAGCAAGCGGAGGAGAAGGACCACCACGGACUGGCAGGAUGUGCUGAGCGCAAGGGGCGAGGGGAAGGAGGCGAGCGUCUGCACGAACAACAACAAGGUGAAGUCGAUGGCCAGUCAGCUGCUGGCGAAGUUCGAGGAGAACGCGGCGGGAACCUCGCUGCAGAGGCAGGUAACAGCGCCUUCCAGUGCACCGCGACCCGUGUCACCCGUCCCGGCCGGGUGCAGUGUGAACGCCCGCUUCCUCACCUCCCGGGGGGAUCAGGCAGGAUCUGAUCACCGCACACGGACAAGCCGGCAGUCUGAUCUCGUGGCCAGUGCCGAGCAGGUGAUCAGGGACGCCAAGUUCGUGAAGGAGGCCGAGCGGCAGGCAGGGGUGGGCAAGCACGUGCCCGUGAUCCCCCACAACGCCCUCGUACUGUCGGGCGUCCUGCAGCGGCUCCAGCGUCUCGAGGAGAAGCUCGAACAGAGGAAGGCUCUGUCUCUCGCGCAAGGCGACGUUCCCUUUAGCAGGAAGAGCAUUAAGGAGAGAGGAGCGCACCUGACCGCACUCUUUGGGGCCAGGACGCUGAGACAACAGUCGGGUCUGCCGGACUCCACCUCAUCCCAUGCUGUCGCCGGUGCUGCCUCUUCCACCCAUGGCUCUGCUCUCUCCAUGUCUCCAGUUGUGCCUCACCUGCUCCACCCUCCAACACAGAUACGUGAUAUCAGGGAGGCCGCCAUUAAUUUGGAAAGGAUGUUCCUCGGUGGCAAAGAUGAAUCGAAUGUCCAGGACAAGGCUAGAGUUGAGAUUCCCAGCUCAGGGUCACCUGGACUCUGUCCCCGCAGUGAAAGUGUGAGCCCCCGGUCUACAGUCUCUGCCCAGCACUGUCACAGAGAGAUGACGGUGGGGAAGGUUUCGACAGUCAUUGGAGACAUGGCGGAGAUUCUGGUUAAACUUUACCGCACGGAUCACCGGCCCAAUGCAGCGGUGGCCCCUCAGGUGCAGGGGUCAAUGAAGAAAGACUUCCCCCAGAACCUGGGUGGCAGCGACAUCUGCUAUUUCUGCAAGAAGCGGGUUUACGUCAUGGAGCGACUGAGCGCAGACGGGAAGUUCUUCCACCGCGAGUGUUUCAAGUGUGAGUUCUGUGCGACCACACUGCGGCUUGGUGCCUACGCCUUCAGCGUGGAGGAAGGGAAGUUCUACUGCAAGCCUCACUUCACGUACUGUAAAUUAAAUAACAAAGCAAGAAAGCGGAGGAACCUUCUCUCGACACAGACGUACAACAAGGGUGAAGCGGGAUCGACGACUUCAUCCGACGGCGAGGCGGUGACCAGCAGCGAGUGCGCCCAGGCUGCCGGCGCCGCAGCCGAGGCGUCCCCAGUGUCUCUGGUCCGCUCCGCGUCUGUCGGCACCAAGAGGUCUAAGCGAGCUCCCGGACAUGUGGACCUCCCUGCGACCCCCCCUGGCCAGGAGAGUGGGCGUGCGCUGGGCGGGACGGGAGCAAACAUGCUGGCGGUCCGGGUUAUGGUGGCCAGCGAUGACAGCGGCUCUGAUGUGGAGAUGGAAGCAGCCCACACCCCCACUGUGCUGGACACCUCGGGCCCAGGCGGUUCAAUGGCAGGACCCAUGGGGCCUGGACACAGAGGCAGCGAGUCCCAGGUUGAAGAGGAAGCUGAGCCCGGAUCACCCUACACCACCUCCACUCCCCAGGAAGCCCUCAGGCGAGCUAAAAGCUUCCAGUCCCCUGCCAUGGACAGACAGGAGAAGUGGAGGAAAAAACUUUGCAACAAGCUCCCCUUGCUGUUGCGGAAGAAGAUGGAGCAGGCGGGGAGAGAGGGAGCAGUGAAUUCGCCCACCUCCCCCGAAAUCCAGGAACAUCCAUCCCAGGUCCGGUCACACCUGACCAGGGGUUACUCCUUGCCUCACAGGUCACCGCGGCAACAGAGAGCCGAGGAAGGAGACGCCGUGUGCCGCCCUCGCCUCGGCACCGACUCCACGGCACAACUGACCACCGGGAGGCUGCGGCCGGCGGCAGCAAGCCGGUCGCCCAGGACCGUCCACAAGCUGUCGUGCUGGAGCGGCAGUGAGCCCGCGGAGAACAGGCGGAGCGAGACCCUGGUCCCAGACGCUACUUGGUCAGGAGAUCCUGGACCUUCAGAAGCUGCCGCGGGGUUGGGGGACUUGAGCCGGCCGAGUCCGACCUCUGCAAGAGGGGAGAGUCGGGGUGACACCCCUUCCCCCAGAGCACCGUCCCACCCACUGGGGUGGAGUCCUCCACAUACAGGUCACAGGUCCAUGGAAACAGAUCUGGAGGAUGGUGGAGCCAUGCAGACGGAGAGCGAUGCCGCAGAGAUGCUCCUUCCAGAUCCUGGCCGGCAGCAUCCAGCCAUGUCAUCAGUUUUGUCCCCGCCAGCUAUUUCAAUCAGGUCGGACCAAAGUGGUCCCCUCGACUCUCCCACCAUGGAAGGUGCCCACACCAAAAGUCCAGGCCCAGAGUCUCCCGGGUCACCGCUGACCUUCUUAGUGAAUGCAUUUAGGAAGUCCUUCUUUGAGAGCAAGAGCCCAGUGCUUCCUAACGCAGUGGAACAGCCCCAGGAGAAGAAAAGCAAGACCAGAUGGGCAAGGACCUUCUCCAGCAGUUCCUUCCAUGGAUUGUCUCUUGGUGCAUCCCUGGCACCGAGUGACGGCCACUGGCUCCGCGCCGUUAGGCCACGGUCUCCCUUUCCACCCCGGGACAAAGGAUCACCUUCAGAACCUCCCGCCUCCCCUCGCCCAGGACUGUUCCCCAACUCCCCAAAGCCUAGUGGUUCAGUCGAUGGGACGGGCGCAAGCUUGGGGAAGGGCAGCCAUCGUUCCAACCGGAAAGAGAAGGACAAGGAUGGCCAGGCUAGUCCCUCUGCAUUGGACGAUGCCGGAGAGGGGACUUCCAAGGGUGAUAUCCGUCGUCUGAUGACCAGCUUUAAGAGGAAGAGCGUCAGGCACAAAGAGUUGAAGAAGUCCAUUGCCAAAGUCUUCACUCCUCCCACACUCCAAGCUGCAUAUGGGCUCAGCCCACCCCUAGGCCCUGAGGAUCAGCUGGUGGGCUCCCAGUUCACUGAAGAUGAAUCCGAAUCCUCCUUGGACGAACCAUCUGAAGGCAAGCAAAAGGCAACGAGACGAAGGAAGGUGCAGGACACUGCCCUGCUGCAGCUGAAGAAAGAGGAGGUGAAACGACUGCAUAGAGCGCAGAUCAUCCAGCGGCAACUGCAGGAGGUGGAGGAGAAGCAGCGUGUGUUGGAGGAACGUGGGGUGUUGUUGGAGAAAGUGCUCCGGGGCGAGUCAGAGUUCGACUCAAAGGAUGAACCUCAACUCAUGCAGAAGUGGUUUAAACUGGUGAUGGAGAAGAACGUCCUGGUUUGCUACGAAGCUCAAAUGAUGAUAUUUGCCCGGGAGCUGGAGCUGGAAGAUCACCAGAGCCGGCUGCAGCAGCUGCUCCACAGUCGGAUGUCGGUGGAAGAUUUCCGGAAAACCGAGAAGGAGAUUGCGGAGGAGAAGCAGAUGCUGAGCGAGAUGCUGGAGGUGAUAGAACAGAGAGACAAGUUGGUGGCGCUACUGGAGGAGCAGAGGCAGCAGGAGAAGGAAGAGAACCGGGACUUGGAGAGCUGGAUGUUGGCCAGAGGCUACAAGUUCAACUGGUCCUGAGUCCCACCAUUCACACACGCUCCAUAAAUGGAUAACGCCGUAGACCUCCAGCAGAAGCAGCACCAGUGGAGGGGGUCUUUUUAACCAAAGCCACCUGUUGAGAGGAGGCUGGAACAUUGACACUGCACCUCCCUCUAUUUGUUUAGUUUUUAGUUUAGUUUACAGCACGGAAACAGGCCCUUCGGCCCACCAAGUCCGUGCAUCUCCAGCGAUCCCCGUACAAUGGCACUUUUGUAAAUAGCCUAAUUCUGCCCGUGGAACUUAAGAACUUAUAUGGAUCAAAUGCAGGCAGAGGAGAUUAGUUUAAUUUGGCAUCAUGUACGGUCCGGACAUUGUGGGCCGAAGGGCCUGAACUCCUGCUGUACUGUUGUAGGUACCAAGAGUGGGAUUGGUGGAGGGUGGUUGGACUGAUCAAAUAGCUCUCUCAACACCGCAUAGGGGCUCCUGUAACGUUUCCUUAUUGGCAGCGGAAUUAGGUUAAAGUCGCCCUCUUCUCAAAUCCCUUGAGAUUUGAGAAUCAUCUGACAGAGAUUCUCCAGUUUCAUUAAUUUCUGAGUCUGCCUUGGGGCAAAGUUCCCAGGUGAGAAGUUAUUCUCGGCUUGCUAUUUCCAUGCACCCUCUAUUGUUGGAGUAUUAUGGUUCGGUGAAAGACUCACUUCUGGGUCUCUGAUCAGUCACAACAUACAAGCCUCCUGGGUGUUCCAUUGUCAUCAGUACUGGCAAUUGAACAAUGAAAUUCCAACUCGCUGCAGCUCAACAGGCUCAUUAAUGCAAAAACAUACAGAUAAUUAUAUAAUAAUCAAUAAUACAACGGAUUAAUAACUGGGUGACAUGGCGGCGCAGCGGUAGAGUUGCUGCCUUGCAGCGCCAGAGACCCGGGUUCGAUCCUGACUCCGGGUGCUGUCUGCAUGGAGUGUGUAUGUUCUCCCUGUGACCACAUGGGUUUUCUCUGGUUGCUCCGGUUUCCUCCCACACUCCAAAGAUGCCAAGGGUUGUCGGUUAAUUGGCUUUGGUAAAGAUUACAAAUUGUCCCUAGUGUGUAGGAUAGUGUUGGUGUACAGGGAUCGCUGGUCAGCACGGACUCGGUGGGCUGAAGGGCCUGUUUCUGCGCUGUAUCUCUAAACUAAACUAAAUGGUAAUAUUGUGUAACCAUAAUAGUGCAAAACCUAAGUUUGUCGUGCAACCCAACGCACUGUCCCUGGAAGAUCAUAGCUGCUGAGGUUAGUGUUGUGCAGUGUUCAAGAGCCUGAUGGUUGCUGGGAAGAAUCUAUGCUUGCACCUGAGUUCUGAGUCUGCGUCUGAGUUGAGUUUAUUGCUAGGUGUAGCGAGGUACAGUGAAAAGCUUUUGCUGCGCUAACCAGUCAGUGGAAAGACAAUACAUGAUUACAAUCAAGCUGUCCACAGUGUACAGAUACAGGAAUAACGUUUAGUGCAGGAGCUCACAGUUUUCAUGCCCCUGUGCCUGCUACCUUAUCGUAACAGUGAAGUGAGAGUGUGGCCAGGGUGGUGUGUGUUUUGAUGAUAUUCGCUGCCUUUUUGAGGCAGUGCCUCCUAUGGAUCAGGUCAAUGGUGGGGAGGUCUGGCAGUGCCUCUGUGGACCAUGACCUGGAAGGGGAGCCCCUGCUUGUACCCUGAAGACCAGACACCGGGAGGAUGGAGCCGGUGACAAUGGCGGACGCGACGGGCGUGGAGUGACGGCGGUGGGAGAGGGGAGGAAACUGGGGUCGGGUCUACUGUGCCCUCGAGGUUGGCUGUAGAGGGCACCCCCAGGGAACAAAAGGGUGAAGGGGUGAGGAGGGGGACAUUGGUUCACAGGUCAAUGCAGACUUCUAAGGGAGGCGAUGGCUGGAGGCCUGCAGCAGCCUGGGGUUCGCCAGGAACGGGGACCACUCAUAACAACUAGAGCGCACAUUGGACAUUGAAAAUGGCACCAAAACAAGGCGUAUCUUGCACGAGGGAUUAGUGGGCUGUGUCUGUACACUUGCUAAUCGGGGAUGUGCUUGGGAGUGGCAAUACUCUACUGGAUUGUUUGUCAGGAAAUAGUUUCACUGUGUGUUUUGCAUUUUGCACAUAUGUCAAUAAAAGUGCCAUUGAACAGUGGUUAUGCCUCACACAACCCCGCUGAAAGUUAUUUCCGGCUGUGAACAUUUUGCUGCUUCUUGGAUAUUGACGUCCGAUUCCUACAAUUCCACACUGACUUGCUGCACGAGUGUCACAUUGGAUGCAGAGCUUCAUGCUACAUCCCUGCUGCUCACCACUGCCUCUGAAGGAAUCCGUGGAAUUCUUUGCCACAGAAGGCUGUGGAGGCAAAGUCAGUGGAUAUAUUUAAGGUUUAGAUAGAUAGAUUCUUGAUUAGUACAGGUGUCAGAGGCUAUGGGGAGAAGGCAAGAGAAUGGGGUUAGGAGGGAGAGAUAGAUCAGCCAUGAUUGAAUGGCACAGUAGACUUAAUGGGCCGAAUGGCCUAAUCCUCCUCCUAUCGCUCACGAUCUUAUGCCUCCACAGUUGUUUGUUUAUCCCCAGCUACUUCGCCACCCUAAUCGUUGUACUAGUCCCACACCCCCUCCACUCAGAAGCAGCCUGCUCUGUACAAAUUCAUUCUC